AUGUCAGAAAUCGACUUAAACAUAUUACUCAAGUUCAUUACUACAUUCGAUGGGUCACGAGAAAAGUUAGGCCCAUUCUUAGCAAAUUGUCAAAAUGCGAUGAGUAUGGCCACACCAUCGCAAACCGAUGUCCUUUUAAAAUAUAUUCUGAGUAGGCUAGAGGGAAAGGCAGAAUCAGCGUGUUCAAUUAGAGAUUUUAAUAAAUGGCCUCAACUUGAGGAUUUUUUAAAAGCCCAGUUCGGCGAUAAGAAGCAUUAUGCAUAUCUUUUGGCAGACUUACAAGACUGUAAACAGUCCACGAAUGAAACUAUCAGCCAAUACUCCCUGAAGGUGGAGUCAUGCCUUUCAAAACUAUUGGCUGAAAUAAACAUAUCAAUACCCACGAAAAAAAGGAUGAACUCGUAG